GCAAACCAGAAGUUGUUUGCGUUCAGUAAUGGAAACUUGCCUGUAACCCGAAGCAAGAACCAGACAUUGCAAGGUUCAUCAACAAUCCAAUUCCUCAUCCAAACUCAAGUAUUGUUGUUCGGAACCAACUUCCAAUCCUGCGUUCGAGAUCCAACUGGAGCAUCAUGGCGUCCGGAGGACCCAUCAUGAACGGGGACAUCUCUCGCUCUCCCAGCUCAGUGGCCAUGCUUGACGAGACCCUGGUCCAGAUGAACAUCCUCAUCCAGGAGAACCGCAAUCUGAAAGAGACUCUGCGUAAGGCCAACCUGAUGAUGAAAGAACGUUUCGAGGGUCUGUCCUCGUGGCGCGAGAAGCAGCAGGGGAAGCGGGACUUGCUGGAGACGAGGCUUGAGAAGGCCCAGGUUCAGUUGGAGGCCCUGUCAGUUGAAAACCAGGAGAUGAGCAAGAAACUGGCGGAGUCAUCGAUGUCGUCCAGCGCUUUGGACGUCUUGCCAGUAGAAGCCGCCGUUCACAGAGCCGAGGUGAACACCUUGCACGCCCUGGUGAGCCGGCUGCAGGCGGAGAAGAACGACCUGGUGGCUCUCAACUCUGAACUGCAGCUGAAGACAGACCAGAACUCCCGCGAGGACUCCUUCGUCGAGGUCAUCACUGUGUCGGACAACGGCGUCCUCAGCAUGAAGGGUGGCGGUGAGAGUGGCAAACGUCCCGACGCGAGCAUGACAGCAUCCCAUCUGGACAGCGAGGAGGUGACCGUCAGCCACCUGCUGCAGUCCCUCAGGAACGAGACCCAGCGAGCCGAGCGGCUGCAGGCCGAGCUGCAGGCCACCGUUGACAAGAUUAGAACGAUGGAGGAGAGGAGGAAUCAUCAUGUUACCGUGACAACACAGACCUCGAUGACAGCAAACACCAGAAACGAUUCUGAGAAGGACCAGGUUGCAUCCGAGUUCAUCACAUCUCAGAUGAGGAUGCUGUUUAAAGAGCUCCAGCAGGCCCAGAGCAAACUGGAUGAUGCAGAAAGAAUGAAGAAGAACCUGCAGGACCGAUGUCGCGAAGUGGAGAACGACGUGGCCGCUCUGAAGGCCCAGCUGGCGGACCAACAGGCGGUCAAAACGGAGAACGAACAGCUGAAGCUGCGACUAGAGAGCAUGCACGCGCAGAGUUUAAUCGUGCAGAAGAAGGCCGGGGAAGAGAGGAGCAACCUAGCCCAGCUGAAGGACGCCUACACUAAGCUGUUUGAAGACUACAAUGAGCUCAAGGAGGAGGAGGAAAGGAGAGAGGUAAUGUGUGCUCAGCUGGUGAACAAGGAGGUGGUGGACGAUCUUCAAAGUCAACUGAACGCCGCCGAGAAUGCCCUGGCUGCCAAGCAGGAGCGCAUCGACAGCUUGAAGCAGGAGAUGUUCAUGAAGGAGAAGGAGCUGGAGACCAUCUCUGUCUUGCAGGCACAGGCCGAAGUCUACUCGUCUGAUUUCUACGCAGAGCGGGCGGCGAGGGAGAAACUGCACGAGGAGCGGGAGCGUCUGGCUAUUCAGCUGGAGUACGUGAAGAAGCGAAACAACCAUCUGCAGGAGGAGAUGGACUCGAUGAGCCGGCAGAAUUUAAGUCAGAUGCAAAGGAGACAUUUGGGAAAUUCAAACGCACCAGGUGGAACUUUAGUGGCAAGAGGUACUGACUGGCAGCAUCAAGGAAGUAUUCCUGAACACGUCUGUCCAAAGUGUAACGAAAUACUACCAGACCUGGACUCCUUGCAGAUCCACAUCAUGGACUGCAUCAACUAGCCCCUCAUCAGUCACUAUUAAUUUGAUUUGUCUCAUUUGCACUUUAAUCUGAGUCUUCCUCUGGUUGCAACCUACUGUCUCCUGCGACGAGAUGAAAAUGAUUCAACUUGUUGCUCCUUGUUAGUUUAUAUGCAAGAUUGAGAAUAGUUUAUCUUUUUUACGUUUUAUGUUUUGCACAGUAUCGACUUCGUUUGGGUGAGUCGAGGCAAGCCGAUUGUCGAAGUUAAGAGACUUUGAAGCUGUAACUUGGGGGUAUUACCGGGUAUUUUUUUCCAGAAUCGUGUCAUCUGGCGAAUAUAUGUAUGAUAUUACCGGCAGAUAGAUUUUAUUUUAGAAAGAUCAUACCUUGACGACUUGUUUAUCUGCCACACUACUCUUACGGAAUGUAAGCUGACUGCAUUGUUCUGAAAAUGCAAAUAAAUAAAUGUAAUCAGGUCA